AUGCUGCUGGAGAAGGUAAAUGGUACAAAACCUGUCCUAGCAGACAGCACCACUCUAGCAGAACUUGUGGGUCCAGAUUCUGGAGUCGACAGUGAAGCUACCAACAGCAGAGAGAUCACCGACCUUGCUAAUGCCCGAAAGUUCUCAAAUCAUUUCCAUAAUUUUGUUGAAGUGUGUUUGGAGAAAAGCCUGGAUACAAGGCCAAGUUCCUCCACGUUGUUAGGUCAUUCAUUUUUCAAACAUCUAAAGAAAAGGACGUCGGAGAUGCUACCAUCAUUACUUCAACCACUAUCUCCUCUCACAGACAUCAGUAAGAUACCUAAAGCCGAAGGAGGGGAUGUAGAUGACAUGGCUGAGGAAAUCAACAAUAUGUCCAUGGAGGAAGGCUGGGAGUUCUAGAGGCCUGGGACAGGAUGGACAAAUUAGUUGUAUGUUAAUUUGCAAUGACAUGGAGGAGUUCUAGGGACAUAUGAGAGGAGGGAACAAUGAGUUGUUGGUUAAGCUGUGAUGAUAUGGAGGAAGACUGGGAGUUCCAGGAACCUGGCAGACGACAGAGCAAAUGAAUUUUAGGUUAAAUUAUGAUGACAUGGAGAAGAACUGGGAGUUCGGAGGGACCUGGCAGAGGACAAAACUGGUUAAUCUGCGACGAUGUAGAGGAAGACAGAGUUGCAGGGACCUGGGAGAGGAAGGAACAAAUGAGGUUUAGGUUAAUCUGUGAUUAUUAGGUGCUGUCCUAGAGACAAUAGGAAGAUUACGUGGGGACCAUAGAGAAAGUGGAGCACAAAGUUAUGGUUUUAAAUGUUUUGAACCAAUGGAAUAGAAGGAAAGAAUUCCAGGAACAUCUGAGGGAUUUGAAAUAGCAGCAGCCUCCAUGGACAUGGAUAUGAGGUAGCUCCUCAUCCAACACUAGGACAGGAGAACGGGAAAAGAAAUCUUGGAUAUGGUUCAAUGAAAACAAGGCUUGUUAAAGGGUUGUUAAUGACUGUCUAGUAUAAAUGAACAUGUUGGAAAAUGCCAUAACAAGAUUCUUUGAAAAUCCUGUUUAUUACAUUCAAACUGCCACACACAUAUAAGAUUUCGAUUUGUUCGAACCUACAUACAAUUAUAUGGCAUUUAUCAAAAGUCAGUUUGAAAAAGUUUCAAAACAAGUUGAAAUGGAAACAGAUUCAAAAUGCAUUUACUUUUUGGGGAAAACUAUUUUGAAAAAAUUUGUCUUUUGGCCAUUUUGCCAUCUUGAGUUGAUUUUUUGGUCUCAAAUGUUCUGUAUCAACACAAUGAAGUUCAUUAUCAUUAUAAUAUGUCUGUGUUUUAUUCUUAUGCACAGCUAGUUUAUAUAAACCCUUUCCCCUUAUCUCUUUGGUUCAAAUUCUGCAUUUAUGACUUUUCAUAAAGAAUUCAAUGUCUACAAACUAUGCCAUUAUCAUAUCAUUUACAGCUGUCGGAUCAAUUUUCAGUAAAACUCUGAGAAUAUAUUGCGCCUUUUCCGUAUAUUUGAUACACAGUCAUGACUCACCUCGUAAGUACAAGCCUCUGUCUGAAUAUUAUUGAUUAGACUGGCCACCUGUCUAUAGAAUAUUAAAAUUAUAGGUUAAAUUGUGGUCUUUGAUUUCGGUCUUGAGGAUAUGUCUGAUCCUAAGUUUCAAACUAGGGGGAGAUAAUCCAGUAUUAGAAUUUUGUAGAUCAAAUCUGACCAAAAAAAACUUACGGGCUGGUGGCCAGUCUAAUCAUUGAUGAAAAUGGAAGAUUUCUGAAGAACUUUUUGUUGUGAUAGUUUGACUUUAGAAUGUAUUUCUUUACUGAGGUAAUACCCACUAAGAUAAGACAAAAGAAUGAUAUUGGUCAAGGGCUUUUUCUGAGGGCCUUUUGGGGCCGUUUAUGGACCCCAUUCCCAAUUUAAAUUAUUUCAUAU